AUGGCCGACGUGGGAGGUUUUUACAAUGAUCCGUACCGCGACGACAGGAUAGACAUUGAGUUACGCGCGCUUCCUCGCCUACACGCUCCCGAGGGUCAUUCGUGGGUAUGCGGUGGGAAGCUUGGUGCCGGUGGCUUCGGGCGAGCAUAUCUCUGGAACCUCGUCUCUAACGCAGAUCAAAAAGUUGUCGACCGCGUUGUGCUCAAAUAUACCGAAGUACGAGCAGAUCAAAUCAUCACCGAUGGAGGUCUGGGUCAGGGACAUAUCAGGGAAGUCUUCAUGCAGAGGUCUCUCGUNGCCCAAUGGCACCCCCCGGAUCGAGUAUAUACUGUACCCUUGUUGGGUGCUGAGCAUUGUUCUUGGUCGCUUGAUUCCUGGAGAUACUACUCGCCCUACUUCGCCUUUGGAGACCUCUUUGAUUUGAUUCAAACGCAAGGCAUCGAGACGGGGUCUACGCUAAAAGGACACCGACAAAUCCCCGAACCAUUUGCUUGGUACAUACUGCACCGACUCGUUUCUGCUGCAGUGGUCAUGGACACAGCAUUCCGCACUAGUCAAACCGACUAUCAAGUCGCACACAUCGACAUGAAGCCCGAAAACAUAUUUCUUGGUGCUCCUGGCUCUCUGGGCAAGAACAAUAGCUUUCCGGCCUAUCCUCCAUGUUACCUUGGCGAUUUCGGAAAUGCACACAUCACUUACAAAGACGACCCGUGGAGCUUUGUCAUGCUUGGAGGUUGUACACAAGGAUGGUCUGCUCCCGAGAUCACACAGUUUUCCAGAAUGCCCAGGUCUUGGCAAGCACCUGCUGGAUCUCACACGAACAUCUGGCAGAUCGGCUUCAUUAUGCAGUCCAUUCUGAUGGGCAUAGCAGUUCACGGCAAUGAUAUCAACUGGGAAGCGUGCGAUUUUGAUCCCGUGCCUUCCUACAGACCGCUUCCGAAGCGCCCGAAAGCACGUGAAGCAGAAAACCCUCUUCGCAGAGAGUACAGCCCUGAGUUGUUGAAAGUUCUCGAGGCUAUGGUGCAGUUCAAAGUGGAAGACAGGCCAACACCACAGGCUGUGUUGGAAGCCAUUGAAGAGCUCAUGCCCCAGUUCACGCAAGGCAUGGAAUGCUGGGGCACCAAUCAGUGGUUUGAUGAACUCGACGCUGGCGCUGCGGCCUCGGAAGAUGGAAGCAGCGUUUCUGGUUCCGAGGGUACACCACUUCGAGGCAUAGCUGCUGUUGAAAACGCCACGGCGAAACUUGUCGACAAGUUCAAGUACCUCUUCUGCGUCCCUCGAGCUCGCCCCAAGCGCCGCAGAAGCCCCAUCGAAAGGGAUACCUCACCCUUCAGCACAGUAAGAGCAAGAGCCGCAUCCCGCAAACGGCGUCAAGCCAUGGUCACCCGUCAGAUCAAGGAAGGCCUCAGACCAAAGCUACAACGCUACGUUAGCCCCGAUCCAUCCGACGACAAAUUCGUCCUUGCCGACGAUCUCAAGAUUAUACAUCCUAAGCGUCCAGAAACCAUUGGUGACUACUUCGCGGCCCCGGAUCCUGCUCCUACGUACUACCAAGAAGAUAUUGAUGAUGUGGAAGCCUACCAAAAAGCAAAGAGGGCGUUCGAAAGAGCGCAUCCUGAUGAUUUCCCACCCGUCGGCGCGGAGACGUACAAUUUCAGGAAGGAGGGGGAAGAACCGGGAGAGGUUGUACUUGACCAUCCAAGUCCGACCUCUAGCUAG